GCUCAGUUCAGUCUUGUUUCUUGUGCUUUUCGUGUCGAAUGUGUUAAAAGCCGCGUCUGGUGAUUCUAAUUCGAAACUAUGGGUAUCUCGAGGGAUAGCUGGCAUAAGAGGCGUGCGACUGGAGGCAAGCGUAAGCAGCCUCACAAGAAGAGGAAGUAUGAGUUGGGUCGUCCCUCUGCCAACACAAAGCUUGCCCCCAAGCGCAUCCACAUCGUUAGGACCCGAGGUGGCAACAAGAAGUACAGGGCCUUGCGUCUGGACUCUGGGAAUUAUUCCUGGGGGUCAGAAGGUCAGACACGAAAGUCUCGCAUCAUCGACGUCAUCUACAAUGCAAGCAACAACGAGCUGGUUCGGACCAAGACCUUGGUUAAAAAUACCAUAAUUUCGAUUGACGCGACGCCUUUCCGUCAGUGGUACGAGAGCUACUACGCUAUCCCCCUUGGUCGCAGGAAGGAUGCCAAGCUGACUGAGGAAGAAAAAAAUAACUUCAAUAAAGUUCGCACCCCGAAAGCAGCUAAGAAGCUGGCUUUCCGUCAAUUGCGUGCCAAGCUUGAUCCUCUGCUUGAAGAACAGUUCCAGACCGGAAAGUUGCUCGUUUGCGUGACUUCACGCCCAGGCCAAUGCGGACGUUGCGAUGGCUACAUUCUUGAAGGGAAGGAGUUAGAAUUCUACCUCAAGAAAAUCAAGAGCAAGAAAAAUAAAUAAACGAUGCUCCUGGCUUGGAA